CAAGCGCGCUGCAGCAGAAGGCUGAGCGCUGUACUGGUGAAAUGAAGCAACAAAGCGAGUAAAGCAGUGCGCAAGCACAGGACAGGAGGAGGGGGCAGGAGGGACUUUCUGUCUGAGAUUUCUGUUAAAGGGAGAACUAACGGGUGGGACGUGCUCUGCAUGCACUUAUCGAGACUUUCUCGGGUUCGCGGUGCUGCAGUUGGGCUUCGGAGGUGUUUGAAGAUCGGAAACGUUCACUUUUUACACGACUUUCAGGCAUUGAAAGAGAAUGGCAGUGACGGUGUCCAGUGACUUGUCUAUCAGCGUAAGCGAAGACCACAUUGUGAAAAAGUUAACGGACAAACAGGAGAUCUUGAGAGAGAGCAUACAGAAAGGGGAACCCAAGGCAAUGGGGGUUUCUCAGGUGAUGCUGGGAUAUCUAGUCAUCACUUAUUCUAUUCCACUGCUCUCCGGUGAGUUCACAGAAAUUGUCAGGUUUGGUGUGCCAUGGUGGAGCGGCAUAUCGUUUGUUAUUGCAGGUGCUUUUGCCUUAGUAAUGGAAAAACGCAACAGCAUAAAACUGGUUCUUACGUGCUUGGCAGUCACAGUGCUGGCUGCUUUCAUCUCAGUCAUCGCACUUAUCUUCUACGUUGUUGACAUUUUUAAGAACUCAGAAACAGAAUGCCAUUCCAACAUGGACCACUUAUGCGACGAACUGCAUUAUGCUAAUAUGUUCAGCAAAGAAAUGAAGUCAAUUCUCACCUGCCUCAACGUGGUACAGACUGUCAUCUCCUCUGCUUUCUCAUACAUACUCUACAAUGAAAGGAAACGGUUUAUAAGCUACAGGCUGGUGAAUUGAAGAUCUCCUGUUCAUCAAAAAACUGGACUUCAACCAACAGAUGCCACACAUCUACAUUUCAAGUUUAUUAUACUUAUUCUUAAAUAUGUUACUUUAUGGUAUGUUUUGACAUAUAUUUUUGAUUAUUUCAGCAUUUUAUAAAAAACAUGCAUUCAACAUUUGAAACUGCAGUACAGUUACAUUAAACAGUAUUGUUAAAGAGUUAAAUUUCAGCUGUAAAGAGA